UAAAUGAUUUAAAAACUGCAAUAUAAUAAAACAAACGAGAAAUAUUUUAGAUGAAUUAAUGAAACGGAGAGAUAGAGAAAGAGCAUGAUGAAUGUGAAUACAAGUGAUGUAACAGCUUGUAUAUCAUGCAAUAUGAAAAAAAUUAAUACGACUCUGUUUCACGGCUUUGGUACAACUUACAAUAACCUAAACCAAUUGCCAGAUAGCUCACGAUUGACGACUCGUGAGAGGAGUUUGGUUAAAUGCAACAACGUGCAUGUUUAUGCGUACAGAUACGAAAAAUGCGUUGCGUUUUUUGAAAUGUUUGAUUCUUAUGUACGUUCACAUAUAAUUUUUUACAGUUUUGAUGCUAUUAUAUGAGGCAUUUUUAAACAUGCAUGUAUCUUAAUUAGAGUAGGUGAAAGUAAACUACUAAAUCACCCCACUAGGCAACUAAGGCAAGAUAGUAAACAAAGUGGAAAAGGUGAAACGAGCAAACGAACCAGAAAAAAUACAAAAGAUUCUGCAAAUUCUACUUUGAUUUGGAACCAAAGUUUCUAUACAUGUGGCAGUCGAACCUAUAUCUAGCACACUCGUACAAACUUUGUCAUAACCUCAUCCCAAAAUAACGUCUUCUUUGGUAAUGAUGAGAAAAGAUAAGAUAAAAGCUUCCAACAGAUAAAAGCUUACAUGUUCUCUUUUUUUUGUCACGUCAUUACCUUUUUUUCUUCGUGGUACGUAGCCGAAAUUUUAUUGUUGACGAUUAGUUUUUGGAGUUAGAUUUAUAUAUUCCAACCUAAUUCCAAUACAAAAACUCAAAAAAUGUUAUUACAAUACGAUUUUAGCUAUAGCUAUAUAUAUAUAUAUAUUGAAGUAUAGCUAACUAGGCAAUUCACAAUUGACAAAUAGCUGGAUAUAUUAUUUAUUCUUUUGGUUUUCUUUUUAUAUAAACUUCAAUUUUAUUUAUAUUUUCACUACAUAUUCACACUUUCCAAAGUAAAAACAUACCCCCUCGUAACUCUAUCAUUUUGACGUGUCAAGAGUGUAACUCAGCCGCCAUUUGUGAUUGCCAGAUGUUCAAACAGAAGAAGAAGAAGAGCUUUAAAGAAGUAGUCACGGCGUCGUUGGUUUCUCAAAGAAGAGACAGACAGAACAUGGCCGAACCAAACCACAAGCUUCAUGUAGCAGUCUUCCCAUGGCUAGCUUUAGGUCACAUGAUUCCUUACUUACAACUCUCCAAGCUCAUAGCAACAAAAGGCCACACCGUCUCCUUCAUCUCCACGCCUCGUAACAUCGCCCGUCUUCCCAAAACACCCUCCAUAAACUUCGUUUCCUUACCGUUACCUCACGCCGUCGACAACAACCUCCCGGAGAACGCCGAGUCCACCACAGAUGUCCCGGAGACUCACAUCGCCUACCUCAAGAAAGCCUUCGACGGCCUCUCAGAACCUUUCUCCCAGUUCUUACAAGCUUCCAAACCGGACUGGAUAGUGUACGACAUCUUGCACUAUUGGGUCCCUCCUAUCGCCGAGAAGCUAGGCGUGAGACGCGCCCUCUUCUGCACGUUCAACGCAGCUUCCAUCAUCGUCAUAGACGGACCAUCAUCGAUCAUGAUCAACGGUCGUGAUCCUCGCAAGACCGUGGAAGAUCUCAUGGACCCUCCACCGUGGGUCCCGUUUGAGACAAACAUAGUUUACCGUGCCUUUGAGGCGAGGAGGAUCUUGGAGUAUCCCACGGCGGGUGUCACCGGUGCUGAGCUGAAUGAUAGCUAUAGAACGGGUUUGGCUUCCGCUGGCUCUGAGGUUAUUGCGAUUAGAACAUGUACGGAGCUCGAACCUGAGUGGAUUCAGUUGCUCGGUGAGAUCCAGGGAAAGCCUGUGAUUCCAAUAGGUUUACUUCCGGCUAAAGCAACUGAUGAUGACGUGGAUGAUGAUAUCAUAGAAUGGUUAGAUAGACAGCGAGCCAAGUCUGUGGUUUAUGUAGCUUUAGGAACCGAAGUGACGGUUAAUGAGAAAGAGAUACAAGGUUUAGCUCAUGGGUUGGAGCUUAGCGGGUUACCUUUCUUUUGGACGAUAAGGAAAGCUUCUGUGUUUCUUCCGGAUGGGUUUGAAGAGAGAGUCAAAGGGCGUGGGGUUGUUAGAGCAGAGUGGGUACCUCAGGGUAGGAUACUGAGUCACGGUUCGGUCGGUGGGUUUGUUACUCACUGUGGGUGGGGUUCAGUAGUUGAAGGGCUUAGCUUUGGUGUUCCUUUGAUCAUGUUUCCGUGUAAUCUAGACCAGCCGCUUGUGGCUAGGAUGCUCGCUGGGAUGAAUAUAGGCCGAGAGAUUCCAAGGAAUGAGCGAGACGGGUCGUUCACUAGUGUUUCUGUGGUGGAGACAAUAAGACUGGUUGUUGUGGAGGAAGAAGGGAAGAUCUAUAGAGACAAUGCCGAGUCAAUGCAAAAGAACGUAUUUGGGAAUAGGAGAUUGCAAGAUCAGUAUGUGGAUAGUUUUAUCAAGUUUCUGGAGAAUCAUAGAGCCUAAAUGUAGAGCAAAUAAUAAUAAAUAAUAAUAAGUUACUGUACACUCUAUCAACGAGAUGUAGUUGGGAAUAAGGCACAAUCUAUGUAAAUAACUCUGCACAUGUUAAUAAUGUUCUUCAGACAUUGUGAAAAAACUUGGUGUGGGUGCAUUAUGAGAUUGUUGCUGAACAUGUACAUGUUGCUGAUUUUGGAUUAAAAAAAAAAUUAUUUUGUUAA